AUGGCUGGUUUUGUCCCACACUUGUUUAUAAGACCAGACCUUCACCUCCAAACACCUAACAAUACCACCCUCACCAACAUCGAUGACGACGGAGCUGGACCUGCCGCAGUAUCAUCCUCCACCGCCGUGCGCCGCCCUCGUGGCCGUCCUUCUGGCUCCAAGAACAAGCCCAAGGCACCGAUCAUAGUAACAAGGGACAGCCCCAAUGCCCUCCUCUCGCACGUGCUGGAGGUCUUGGCCGGAGCUGAGAUACUUGAGACCCUCUCAAAUUACGCUCGCCGGCGAGGGAGGGGCGUUAGCGUCCUCAGCGGCACCGGUACGGUGGCGAACGUGACGAUUCGUCAACCGGCGCCUCCUGCUGCUGGUGGCGUUGUAACCCUUCACGGGCGUUUCGAGAUUCUUUCAAUAUCGGGAACCAUCCUCCCGCCUCCGGCUCCGCCGGGUGCGGGAGGGCUGUCGGUUUAUUUGUCGGGAGGACAGGGACAGGUAGUUGGAGGAAGCGUGGUGGCUCCUUUGGUGGCUUCAGGUCCUGUGGUUUUGAUAGCUGCUUCGUUUGCCACCGCCAUGUUUGAAAGGUUACCGUUGUCAUUGGACGAUGAUCCUCAUCAUCAUAACGAUCAACUCCAACAACCUGCAACGUCACAGUCUUCCAACGAAGGUGGCAGUGGCAGUGGAAGCGUUGUUUCUUUCUUCAAUACACCACCAGCAGCAGGAGCAGGAGGAGGAAGGAACAUGAGCAAAAGUAGCUAUCCGCCGCCGUUCACCUCCUCCAUCGCCGGCUAA